AUGCUAUCACAUUACAUUGUUCUUCUCGCUACCAUCCUCUUUCCUCACAUAAGCAACAAUCUAUCUAUUCUAUAUUAUUCUAUCACAUUACAUUGUUCUUCUCGCUACCAUCCUCUUUCCUCACAUAUAUUUAGAGUUUCCGUUUCGAGGCACAGACGAAAGGAUUUUACUCUUUCGAUAACCAGAAAUUUCAAACGAUUUUGGUUUAAUCUAAUGAAGAAUAUAAAGAUAUUGGCCAUAUUGGCCUUAUUUCUGGUAGCGGUCAGAACAGAUGAAGAAGUUUUGGAGGAGGAAGUUGAUCCUCUGGUCAACAUGUUGCAGUCAAUGAAAUCAAUGAGCAAAUUCCGUAGAGACGUUGACAGUUUUUUUCGACCUCUGCUAAAGAAUAUUGAGAAUAAAGAUCGAAGGGAAGAAGACGUUACUGAUUUCCUGUUCGCCAUGUUUGAUCAUAAUAAUGAUGGUUUCAUCGAUUCUGGGGAGAUGCACUUUCUUUUUAAGGAGAUGGGUGCCACUUCGACUGAACGAAAACAAAUACUGAGGUAUAUUGACCGUGACCGAGAUAACAGAUUGAACAAAGACGAAUUGAGGAAUAUUUGGCGAUAUGCUUCAUAA